AUGAAAUCUUCUCUAAGACUUUUUCAACGAUCAAUUGUCAAUAAUUUAAUUCAUCGUUAUGCAUCAACAGAAGGAACUAUUUCUGCUGAUUUCAACAAAGCCAAAUCACGUUUAGAAUCUUCAUCAGUUGAAGUUGAAAAUGAAACGAAAUUAAAACUCUAUGCUUUGUAUAAACAAUCAACAGUUGGUGUUUGUAAAACAGGAAAACCCGGUUUAACCGAUUUUAUUGGUCGUGCCAAAUGGACAGCUUGGUCAAAUUUAGGACAAAUGUCUCAAGAAGAAGCACAGAAACAAUAUGUUCAAACAGUUGAACAAAUUGUUUCUUCUUCAAAAGCCCAAAAUGAAAAGGAAUCAAUGUCGAAAACUGAUGAUAAAUCCAAUUCAUCCAGUUCUGAACAUAUUCAAUUACUUAAGAAAAGUCCAACACAUUGGGAAAUUGUUCUUAAUCGACCGGAGAAAUACAAUGCGAUUACUCGACCAAUGUAUGAAAAAAUUAUCGAAAUUUUCGAUCAAGCUGCAGAAGAUAAAGAAUUAGUUUUACUUUCAAUCGCUGCAAAAGGAAAAUUUUAUUCAUCAGGAACUGAUUUAGCUGAUUUUGCCAAAAUGGCUACAUCAACAACAACUGAUUUAAAAGCAUCUGUCGAACGUGGUCAAGCAAUGUUAGAAACAUUUAUUGGCAAAUUUAUUGAUUUUCCCAAAAUUGUUAUUGCGUUUAUCAAUGGUCCAGCUGUUGGAAUAUCUGUUUCAACUUUAGGUUUACUCGAUGGUGUCUAUGCUUCAUCAUCUGCAACAUUUUCUCUCCCAUUUACUCGAACAGCUCAAUCAGCUGAAGGUUGUUCAUCAUUAAUUUUUCCCUCAUUAAUGGGCUCAUUACAUGCUAAAGAUGUUCUUCUAUUCGAUCGUAAAUUGACAGCAGAACAAGCUGAACAACGUGGUUUAGUUACACGUGUGAUUAAUGAAAAGAAUUUUGAAGAAGAAAAAGACAAAAUUUGUCAACAUAUUCUUUCAUUACCAAAAGGAAGUCUUUUAACAAGUAAAUUAUUAUUACAAAAAUGGACAAAAGAAACACUUCAUCGAGUCAAUAAAGAUGAAGUCGAAACAUUGAAACAACGUUGGUUAACUGAUGAAUUUGUUCAAGCGAUGAUGGAAUUUAUGAGAGGAAGAAAAAAAUCCAAAUAA